UCUCUCAACCUCUGCUCUCUCUCUAAAAUCCAAAACCUCCAAUCGCUCUCUUUCUCUCUCUAAAUCCCUAGAGUCCCUGCGAUGACUGUCGGAGAAUGCGGAGAGGAGUACUUGAUGCUCAAAGAUUUCCGAGCAGACCUCAAUCGGGACGGAGUCUUUGGUGACGAGGGGUUUGCGGGUUUCUCACUGUUCCUAUGGAUUUACCUCUCCAGUUCCGCUCGGCCAUCUGUGAUUCUUCGGCAGGUCUCAACAGAAAAUGAUGAUGAUGCUCCUUUUCUCUCAGUUAAUGAGGAAAACAAGUUGAUCCUCUUCCCCCUGAUGUUUUUGCACAAUGAAGCUUCAUUUGUUUGUAGCUCUUUUCCGUGGUCUGACAUUCAUCAUAUAACUUCUAAGAGCGAAUGCCCAUUGGAGAGAUGGGUUCAUAUUGGAUGUAAGGCCACUAAAGACUAUAUUUGCCUUUACUUCAAUGGAGAACUCUCCCACAAUAUGCCUUUCUCUUCUUCAUCUGAUGAUCAUGACGUUGAUAACUUAAAGAAACUUGCUUUGGCCGGCAUCAGUGGAAAUGAUGAUAAGCUUCAGGCUUAUGUUUAUAAUGCUUGUGUGUUGCCUUUAUCGGCAUCCGUCAAAGAUGACUUUGCUAAGAAUCCACCGGUAAAGUUAUCCAUUAACGGUUCAUGCACCUCUGAUGCACUCGAAGUGGGCCGUGACGGUGUUUGGAGCAUUGUUGGUGGAAAGGCUUCUUGUCGGAGGAAUUUUUCUCUUGAUGUUGUUUUAUUAGAUGCUAUUGGUCGGACAGUACAUAAAGACAUGGAGAUCAUUGCUUCACUUGUAUAUGCCAACAGUGGAAGCCCAAUCGAGAAAACUCAAGAUAAUCCGGAAGCUCCACUAUUGGUAGCCUGUGAGGGGCUUGAAUACCCUUCUACAGAAAAACCAGUUGCACUUUUUCUUGGCCGUGCGACGUUUAAGCUUAAAAUAUCACAGCUUUCAUCGAAGUCUGAUAAUAGACUAUUCAGCAUAUGUUUCCGUGCAUCACAAACUAAAUGUUACCCAUUUUUUGAAGCAUGUUGUCCUCCAAUUCGUUGUAUAUCAAGAAGUCGUUGUAUUCGGCCAAUUAUCAUUGGAAAAAGGCAGACAUUAGCGUCUCCAGUUUGUGACAGAACUCAUGCUCCAGGAAUGAAUGAUAGGCUUCAAGUAACUAAUGAGGACAUUAGAAUUGGUCAUCCUGAAAGAGAGAGUCAUGGGAAGCCAGUCAAUGUUCUGUCAUCUAAACGUUCCAAAGUAGGCUCAGAAAAAUCAAGACAAGUAGAUGCAAAUGGGAACCUAGCACAGGAUGUGCAGGUGCUCAAGACGAACUUUGAAGCAAAACCAAAUAAUCUGGAUGGACUCGACAGCUGCCCUUCUGACUCCGAAAGUAUUGAUGCUAGAAAUUCUGAUGUUAAAUGGAUAGGAGAAUCCAUAGAUCCUUCUUCCGACGUAGUUAUAUUUAGGUACUGCUUAGAAGGUACAUAUGAACGUUCUUUAUUACUCAAGGAGAUGAUAAAAUCUUCAAACAAUGAAGAAAUGGUGACUUUUGCUGAGCAGGUUUGCCUGUAUUCAGGAUGCAUGCAUCAUAGAUACCCAAUUUUAAUAUCAAAACAAUUGAUUAAAGAGGGAAAUGAUACUUGGAAUUCAAUUUGUCAGAAUGGAAAUCGUGCCCUUUGGAUGACAGCAACUCCUGAGAUAAACAAAAGAUUCAUGAGCAUUUCACGGUCUACCACUCGUGGUUUAUCUGAAAAGGAUCUGGAGGUUUUACGAGGAAUUGCAGGAUGUGGCGAGGAGCUGAGUCUGGAAAAUUUCAUCACAAUGUGGCAGUGGUUAUACCCAGUGGCUGUUGCUUUGUCAAACGUGCAAAUAAAUGCAAUGUGGGAGUGCACCCUGCCAAAAUGGAUAGAAGGAUUUAUUACGGCGGAAGAGGCUGAGAGCACACUGAAGGGUCCAAGAGGAAUUCAGAAGUCAGGAGCAUUUGUGCUAAGGUUUCCUACUUCUCGCAGCUGGCCUCACCCAGAUGCUGGCAGCCUAGUUGUUACCUAUGUUGGUCCUGACCUCAAUAUUCACCAUAGACUUCUUUCCAUUGAUCACAGAAGUCUUCAUCCCUGCUUUGAUGACAGCAAGGAGAGUGGAGCGGAAUUGCUACAGAACUUGCUUUUGAAGGAACCAGAGUUGUCUCAAUUGGGAAGGGUUUUUAGGUGAGGAACUGCAUUCAGUGCCAUAUCUUCGAUUGUUGCUUCAAGCAUACCUUCAGUAAUCUUGAUUGCUAAAGAAGGAAUGUAUUCAAAUGAUGAGGCAAUCUAGUCCACUUGAUAUGAAAGCCACAGUUUUGGCUGCCAAGAAUUUGUUUGUACAGUAGUAGCUCUGGAGGCUCCAUGUUUUUCAGUGCUGCUAAAUUUUUUUCUUUUUUGCAGGGAUUCCAAAUGUAAUAAAAAAUCUUGUCAUAUUAUAAAAUUCACUUUUUAGGGAUUUUGCUAGUUUCGAUAUUUACUUUUGUAAAUACACAUUUUUGUUAAUGAGUAUUACAUGUUUAGGGCUCAGCUGAGACUACGGAGGCGAACUGAAACAGUUUGUUUCAAUCUAAGCUUUGGUUGAUAAUA